CCUCUCCAAAACCUUCACAUCAUUACUGUAUCAAAGUUGAAUUUCUGUAUCUUCAUCAAUUUCUCCCUCUCCAAUUUUCUGUAUGCAAAUUCUGUUUUUCACCUUUUCUUUUUAAUGCAAAAUUGUAAUUUUCAUUGUGCUGUUAAAUGUGCAUAGAAUCUGAGAAUGGCUGUCAUGCCCAGUUAUCAAUUUUAUCCCAAGAACAGUUUCUUGAUGGAUACAUUCCAGAGCUCAGUCUCCAAAUUCCAUGUUAGAACUACCCUUCAGUUCUUCAGGUACAGUUCUUCUUUGCCUGUCAAGAACCGAUUUUUUUGUGUAAUCGAUGAGACCAGCAGUAGAAAUUCCGUCCCACAGGAAAACCCACAUAAAAGAUUCAAUCUUUUGCCCAGAAACAAGAAGGGUGGAUCGAGUUUUUCUGGUGAAGAACCUAUUUCACAGUCGAGCAAUAGUAGAGUUAUCUUAUCUCGUAGUUCUUGGUUGGCAAAUUGGGAUGUGACUUCCAAGCCCAAUGGUGGGAGAAGGCCUCAGGCUGUGGUGAACUAUAGGAAUAGAGGGGAUGUUUCGAGUUCGGAUUCCGAAGAGGGUACAAGUACUAGUAGUGGUGGUAGCACAAUGCAGAGGAUUGUUGAGAAGUUGAAAAAGUUUGGUUACAUUGAUGAUGAUAGUAAUAAGAACGAGAAUAUGGGGGGAGUUAUUGAGAAAGGGUCGAUAGAGGACAUAUUCUAUGUUGAGGAAGGGUUGUUGCCUAAUACAAGAGGUGGGUUUUCGGAGGAAUUCCCUUUUGGGGAUGAGAAUGGGGUUGCAAGAGGUAACGGGGAGGUGAGAUUCCCCUGGGAGAAAGAUGCAUUGGGUGAACAGAAAAGGAGUUUGGAUAGCCGAAGGAGCCGUAGUUUGGCAGAAUUGACUCUGCCUGAACCGGAGUUGAGGAGGUUGACGAAUUUGGCUCUUAGAAUAAAGAACAAAACAAGGAUUGGCGGAGCAGGGGUGACGCAGCAAGUUGUCGAGACUAUUCGUGAGAAGUGGAAAACAUCUGAGGUUGUCAGGUUAAAGAUUGAGGGGCCUCCUGCCCUUAACAUGAGACGAAUGCAUGAAAUCUUGGAGAGAAAAACUGGUGGAUUGGUUAUCUGGAGAUCUGGCACAUCUCUUGCGCUUUAUAGAGGUGUGACCUAUGAGGAUUCUGCAACAAAAUUGAAGAAAAGAAUAUUCAGGAGAAAUGAACUACCCCAUAAGUCCCACUCUGCCACUGACAAGACUGGUCAGGAUUCUUCCGAAUCUGGUGUGUUACCUGACAGAGAAGUACCCUCACCUGAAUCAGUUAGCCUCAACCCAGAUGAUAGAGAUCCUGAAACAUCAUCUGAAGUGAGAUAUGAAGAUGAAGUUGACAAGCUAUUAGAUAGCCUAGGCCCACGGUAUACAGAUUGGCCAGGAGAUGAUCCACUUCCGGUAGAUGCAGAUUUGCUCCCAGGAACCGUCCCUGGUUAUCGACCUCCAUUUAGAUUGCUUCCUUAUGGUGUGAGAUCAACACUUGGGAUGAAGGAGGCAACUGCUUUACGAAGGCUUGCAAGAGUUCUGCCACCACAUUUUGCUCUAGGAAGAAGCAGGCAACACCAAGGAUUAGCUGCAGCCAUGAUAAAGUUAUGGGAAAGAAGUUCAAUUGCUAAAAUUGCACUUAAACGAGGGGUUCAGCUAACAACAAGUGAGAGAAUGGCAGAAGAUCUCAAGAGAUUAACUGGGGGCAUGCUGCUCUCGAGAAACAAGGAUUUCCUGGUCUAUUACAGAGGGAAGGAUUUUUUGUCACCUGAUGUUGCCGAAGCAUUACUAGAAAAGGAGAGAUUGGCAAAGGCCUUACAAGAUGAAGAAGAACAAGCACGGCUGAGAGCUUUAGCCUUGAUUGCUCCAGCUGUGGAAGAGACUGAUGAAUCUGGGACUGCUGGUACACUUAAAGAAACUUUAGACGCUGACACUAGAUGGGGCAAACGACUGGAUGAUGUCCACAAGGAAAAAGUGAUGAGGGAAGCAGAAGUGUUGAGGCAUGCCAACCUUGUCAGGAAGCUUGAGAAUAAGCUUGCUUUUGCUGAAAGAAAACUAUCGAAAGCGGAGCGAGCCUUGUCAAAAGUGGAGGAGUCUUUAUAUCCAGCAGAUCGUGCACAAGAUCCAGAAAGCCUUACUGAUGAGGAAAGGUUUAUGUUUCGGAAGCUUGGUUUAAGGAUGAAGGCAUUUUUACUUCUCGGUAGGCGUGGUGUUUUUGGUGGAACAGUGGAGAACAUGCACUUACACUGGAAAUACCGGGAAUUAGUGAAGAUCAUUGUUAAGGCUCAAAACAUUGAAGAGGUCAAGAAUAUUGCACUAGCUCUUGAAGCUGAGAGCGGUGGCGUAUUGGUUUCCGUAGACAAAGUAUCCAAAGGAUAUGCGAUUAUUGUUUUCCGAGGCAGGGAUUAUAAAAGGCCUUCACUGCUGAGGCCUAAGAACCUUUUGACGAAGAGGAAAGCAUUGGCACGGUCAAUUGAACUUCAGAGACGUGAGGCCCUCUUGAAUCAUAUGUCAACCUUGCAAACAAGAGUUAACCAGCUCAGAAGCGAAAUAGAACAAAUGGCUGCUGUUAAAGAACAAGGUGAUGAAGAACUGUACAAUAAACUGGAUUCAGCUUACCUUACUGAAGAUGAGGACAGUGAGGAGGAAGGAGACGAAGAAGCUUACCUCGGGACCUAUGACAGCGACAACGACAUGGUUGAUGAAAAUAACGAUUCAGUUCAUAAUACCUAUUUGGGAACAAAUUUUCCUUACGAUUUCCAAGAGGAAUCGGAAACAGAAUUUUCUGAGCCAUAGGGCAGUAAAAGAUCAGUAAGGCUGGUAAGAAAAGGAAGCAGAAGAUAUAGCUACUAUACUUUUAACCUUUCUUGGCAGCAUUGAUGCAAGAAAUGUUUGAUUCCAUCUGGUCCUCCAGUCAUGUUCAGAUUGAAUAUAGCGCGCCGUUAGCCUUACAAAAGGCGAAAUAUGUAGAGCUGUGCGAUGUGUAAAAAUUGUUGAUUAUUGGAAUUACAGUGCUUUUUAAGUGCCUCAAUGAUGUUGAAGAAUGCAAAAAUCAGCUUAUUUUC